UUUGUUGAUAAACAAAAUGACAUGUCAAUGAUAUUCAAGUUACUUAAUAUAUUUUUUAUAUUAAAUAUUAUUUAAACAAUGUAUUUAUAUAAUUUUUAUAAUAUUUUUAUACAAUUAUUAUUAAUUAUAAUUGUUGUUGCUGAGUUUGAUGAGCCAGGUUAUUGUCCAGCAACAAAUGAUGAUAGCACAUCAGACAAAUGUGCUGAAAACAAAUAUUUGUCUAGUAAAAAAAGAUAUAUUUUAUAUGAUGUUAAUCCACCAGAAGGAUUUAAUCUACGAAGAGAUGUUUAUGUCAGAGUAGCAGUAUUUAUAAAUAAAUUAAAUAAAUCUAAUGAUAAAUUUAAAUGGAUUUUAGUUCUACCACCAUGGGGUAAAUCAUAUCAUUGGAGAAGUCAGAGCAUUGGUGAUCAAUCAAAAAUACCAUGGAGUCAAUUUUUUGACAUUAAAAGUUUAAAUAAAUUUAUACCAGUCAUUGAAAUGUAUGAAUUUUUAAAAGAAUAUAAAUCUGAAAAUCAAGUUACAAUAUUAGAUAGAAUUUAUUAUUUACAAAAUGAUCCAAAGAUGUUUGAAAGUGGUGAUUUUCAUGAAAGAAAUAUCAUUGAAAAGUGCAUUGAUAAUCGUGGUGGAUAUAGAAAAAAUUAUAAUGAUAAAUUUAUUGGUAAUUUUUGGGGAUAUCAAAAUAUAUCUGCUGAUAAAUUUGACUGUGUUACAUUUCAUGGAACAAUGUCUGGCUUGAAAAAAAAUUUACAGCCAGAUUUAUACAGAUCUUUUAUGUUUGACCAUAUGGAAAUUCCACCUCAUGGAUCAAAUAUUAUUCAAAAAUCAUAUCGUGAAAAAUAUUUAAAUUCAACUGAUGAUAAUGACAAUACAAAAAGACCAUUCAACUGGCAAGAUGAAAAAGAACAUAGAAAUUCAAUUGGUGGUCCAUAUUUGGCAGCUCAUCUUCGUCGACGUGAUUUUGUAAAUGGACAUAGUAAUUAUGUACCGUCAAUAAAUAAUGCAGCAUCACAAUUAGAUGAAAAAAUGAAAGAAUUUAAUCUUAAAAAUAUAUUCAUUGCAACAGAUGCUGACAGCCAAGAAUUUGAUAAAUUAAAAAAUUAUUUAUCCAAGUAUAAUGUAUUUAAAUACACACCAACGAGUGUUGAAUUAAAAAAAAUUAAAGACGGUGGAGUUGCAAUUGUUGAUCAAAUAAUUUCUUCACAUGCAAGGUAUUUUGUUGGAACUCAAGAGUCAACAUUUACAUUUAGAAUUCAAGAAGAACGUGAAAUUAUUGGCUUUCCAACAAGUACAACAUUUAAUAUCUUUUGUGGUGAUAAAAAUUAUAAAAAAAACUGUAAACCUGAGAGUCAAUGGAAAAUCAAAUGGUAA